UACAAAUAUAACAACUGUGCUUGUUGAACUAUUCCCAGCCCAUUCAACAACGUAUAUUCCUGAAUAUACUUAACAUGGAUGCUGAACUUCAGACAGUUGCGCAGCUUCUCCAAGCUACUUUGGAUCCGCGCCAGCAUAAACAAGCUGAGGCGGAGCUGUUGAAAAUACAGCAGGAGAAGCCGGCAUUUUCGUUAUCACUCUUGCAGAUAGUAGCUUCUGAGUCUUUCCCUUUGAACACCAGACUAUCAAGUGCUUUGUGCUUCAAGAACUACAUCCGUUUCAACUAUGUGGACGAGGAAGGUCGAUACAAGCUUCCUGAAUCAACAGUAGUUACGAUUAAAAGUGAGCUUAUUGGACUUAUGAUAAGAGUGCCGUCAUCCAUACAAGCACAGCUUGGGGAAGCGAUCAGUUUGAUUGCGGAUUCAGACUUCUGGCAGCGUUGGGAUACGCUUGUCGAUGAUCUUGUUUCUCGCCUGACACCUGAUAACGCAAAGGUCAACAAUGGAGUCUUGGAGGUUGCACACUCGAUCUUCCGGCGCUGGCGGCCGCUUUUCCGCUCAGACGACCUCUUUGCGGAGAUCAACCAUGUUCUGGGGAAGUUCGCGGAACCGUUCUUACAACUACUUGUGAGCACCGAUAGGCAGAUCGAGGCCAACAAAGACAAUGCAGCUGCAUUAAAGGAGAAUUUUGCAACUAUGAACCUUUUGGUGAAGCUUUUCUACGACCUGUCGUGCCAGGAUCUCCCACCAGCUUUCGAGGACAACAUCCAGUCUAUUACCACGCUACUACAGAAAUAUCUCACUUACGAUAACCCCCACCUACACACGGAUGACGAUACCGAAGCUGGGCCACUCGAGUUUGUGAAGACAGAUAUUUGCGAAGUUUUGGUGCUGUACGUCCAGAAGUACGAAGAUGCUUUUGGAGAGCUCCUUCAACCAUUCAUUACCAGUGUGUGGAACCUUCUCACCACCAUCGGCCAAGAAACGAAAUACGACCUUGUUAUCAGCAAAGGCCUGCACUUCUUAACUGCCGUUUGUGGGAUAAAGAAACACGCAGAGAACUUCAACAACGAGGGUGUACUUGAACAAGUUGUUGAGAAAGCUAUACUUCCUAGUGUAAGCCUAAGAGAAUCCGAUAUUGAGCAAUUCGAAGAUGAGCCGAUUGAGUACAUUCGCAAAAAUCUCGAGGGCUCAGAUAUUGACACGAGGAGGAGAGCAGCGACAGAAUUCCUGAGGACUCUCCUGGGCCAUUUUGAACCUCUCCUUACCAAGGUUGUUGGGAAAUACGUCGAGCAUUACUUUGCGAAGUAUGCCCAAGACCCCAAAAAUGAGUGGCGCUCUAAAGACGCCGCCAUUUAUUUAUUCUCUGCUAUUGCAGCGAGAGGAGCAUCAACUUCUAGCCAUGGAGUUAAGACAACGAAUCAGCUGUUGAAUGUAGUGGAGUUCUUCCAGAAUAACAUCGCAAGCGAUCUCUUGAAUUCCGAGGGUGUCGAGCCAAUCCUGAAAGUGGAUGCCAUCAAUUACCUUUAUACCUUCAGAAGCCAGUUGACGCACGAACAGUGGCAGGCUGCAUUCCCGCCUCUUGUCCAGAACCUGGCUUCCCCCAAUUAUGUCGUUUACACUUAUGCUUCGAUUGCUGUGGAGCGGGUGUUAAGCUUGGUGGAUGACUCUGGAAAGCACGUAUUUGGCAAAGAUCAAGUUCAGCCAUAUGCGAAAGACCUUGUGGAGCACUUGUUCCAUCUGAUUGAGAAGGAUGCGGCACCAGAAAAGAUACAGGAGAAUGAAUUCUUGAUGCGCUGUGUUAUGAGAGUGUUGAUCGUCAUUAGAGAAGGCGUGAUUCCAAUCACAGACACCGUUCUUCAGCAUCUCAUCAACAUUACUGAGAUCAUCAGCCGAAACCCCAGCAACCCGCGAUUCUACUACUACCACUUUGAAGCUCUGGGCGCUUUAAUCAGAUAUGGUGCUCCUUCGCAGCCAGAAAGGUUUGAGGAAGCAUUGUACGCGCCAUUUGCCGGAAUCCUAACGAACGACGUUGAGGAAUUCAAGCCAUACGUAUUCCAAUUGUUUGCCGCACUUUUGGAAUCGAGACCUUCGGAGGCUCUUUCUGAAUACUACAAAGCCCUCAUUACUCCAAUUCUUAUGCCGGAUCUAUGGGUAUCCAAGGGAAACGUACCAGCUCUGUCUCGCCUCUUGUGCUCCAUUAUCCCUCGUGGCGCUCAGGAUAUUGUGGCCAACAACCAAGUCGAGGCGGUCCUUGGAGUAUUCCAGAAUCUUAUAACUAAGAAAGCCAAACUUGAGUCAUAUGCAUUCGACAUUUUGGAGAGCGUUAUUUCAACCUUCAACGGCCAAACCCUGGUCACAUACUUCCCCGCCAUUCUUCAACUCGUCUACUCGCGCCUAUCAGCGCCGAAUGUGACUGACGCAUUCAAGCUUCGAUUCGUGCGAUUCUAUCACCACGUCUCUGCUCUCAACGACCCCAAACAUGGAUUCGGCGCAGAUUAUUUCAUCGCCGCAUCCGACAGCAUCCAAGGCGAUGCAUACGUCCCUCUCUACCUCACCAUCAUCCUCCCAUUCACGCAGCAACUUGCCAAGCCGAUUGACCGCAAGACAGCUGCCAUCUCUCUCACAAAGACGCUCACCGAUUCGGAUAAGUUUGCCUCGAAAUACAUUAAAGGCUGGACUCUUACCGCAGGGACACUCAUCAAUCUUAUGGUGAAUGCGCCAAUGCCAGUGGCGGAUGACGCAGUUGUCGUGGAGCAGGAUGUUGACGAUCUGACCUUCGGCGUCGGCUUUACGCAGCUGAAUACCUGUCGCCGCCAACCGAAGGACGCCUGGCCUGAGAUGACGGAUAUCAAGACCUGGGUCGCGCAGUACUAUCGUGCCGGCGGACAGCAGGGAAGCGGAGUCGAUGCAGCAACGCUGGCCGGCUGGGUUAACGAGAGGUUGAACGAUGAGCUGCGCACUGCCUUUACGGCCUGCCUCAGCUGAGCUAGCAGAAUGGAGAUGGCCGUAGGCGGCAUUUUUCAGGAGUAUAAAAGGAUAGGGGAGGUGAUGUCUGACGACAUUUGGCGGGCUUAUGGGGAAAUCCGGCCAGGGGAGGGAAGGGGCACUACAAGUGUAGAAGGAUGGAUUUCGAGCUCGGUAUUUAGUUAGAAUUAUGGCAACGAUGAUACCACGUGUUGUUCGAACCUGAGA